UCAGAGCCUUCAAUUUUAAUGUCUUCAGAUUCAGGUGAUUCUAAAAUAUUUGGCUUUUCACAUUUUACGUGCGCGAGGUCUCUACGGCCGGCUGUGCGCACACCGUCAGUUCUAUCCAUCGCAGACAGGACGUGUCGUUCAGCUAAUUGGUCUGCCACCACCGCACUCACUGCCAACAUGUACGCUGCUCGCCUUGUUCUUCCUAUUAGCCGCAACGCUGCUUUGUGCAGCCAGGCCGUUGUGAGGCCUGUGUCUGUGGCCCCAGUGGUGGUACGCAGCCUACAGACCUCCGCUGUGUCCCGGGAUAUCGACUCCGCUGCCAAGUUCAUUGGUGCUGGAGCUGCCACGGUCGGUGCUGCUGGCUCUGGUGCCGGUAUUGGCUCCGUCUUCGGCUCCCUCAUUAUUGGUUAUGCCAGGAACCCCUCUCUCAAACAACAGCUUUUCUCUUACGCCAUUCUUGGCUUUGCUCUGUCUGAGGCUAUGGGUCUUUUCUGUCUUAUGAUGGCUUUCUUGCUGCUCUUCGCUUUUUAGGCUGUUAAUUGUGGGAUCCCACCAAGCCAUUGCACUGGGACAAACAUGCCAUAACAUCCAAUCUUGGAAAAAAUGUAUGUUCGAAUUUUGAGAUUUAUGAAAGAGCAAUUAUACUCGUUUCCAUGGAAGAAUUCUUCUGAUGCUCCUCAGGGCUGAGACGGAAAAAAAAACGUCCAUUUAAUUGGAGUGAGCAAUCGUGGAAGGUUCUUCUCGUGCAAGCGUACAGCCGGUUAUUGUAAAUAUAAAUUCAGUUCAAUAUAGUUGAUACUUCCAUCAUACGUCAAUGUCAACACCUCUCAUCCUCGGUUUUUGCGCUGAAUUCAGUGUAUAGGUGGAUAAUUUAUAAUAAAAUCGAUUUUUUCCC